ACGCCAUAGUGCAAGGCUGUGUGUUUCACUGGACCAAGGCUGUUUGGGCUCGGGUGAUGGACCUCGGGUUGAAGCCUGCGUAUAUGCAGCGGUCCUCUGCCUUCAAUCUAAUUCGCCAGCUGUUGUGCCUGCCAUUUUUACCAGCCCAACACAUUCGCCCAACGUUUCUGAAGUUUGCAGAGCACGAAAGAUCACAUCCGGAUCGCGAAAAGAGGAACCGACUGAUGGACUACAUCUCUCGCCAGUGGCUUGAUCACCCGAUCUUUGAUGUUGCCAGUUGGUCCGUGUUCGGGUACCAGAUCCGAACGAAUAACGACGUUGAAGGAUAUCACCAUCGUCUGAACUCGAGAGCUGGUCACCGCGGUCUGACAUUUUACAGAUUAGUACCUGUGCUGCUCAGUGAGUGCCAGCAUGCACAGCGGCACGCAACCCUGAUAGCAUCCGGCAGCAAUGACGGCACAAAUAGAGGCCGUCAGUACAGACACCUCUCCCAAAAAGUCAAGGAUUUAUUUGAAAAAUACUCUGCGGGUGAACUGACGACCACUCACUACCUGCGUGCUUGCGGAAAACUAUACGGACCGCCAGAUAUGGAGUGAUGUACGCUGAAAACUACUGAAAUAUCGAAUGUGUUCAAAUAGACCCUACGGACAUUUCUUCGUGUUGUCAUGUUUAUGUACUUCAUAAACUUCAUAAACUAUAUAAAUAAAGAAUGCUUUUAUUGUCGUUUUAUGUAACUAAACUACUAAAAAAUGUUAAUUAAGUGACACAAGUUGCAUUAAAAUGUCAGAAAAAAAAACAUGAAAUAUAUAUGAA